GGGCUGAGCGCGGGAAGCUGUGGUGCCCCCGCCCGGCACACAGGCCCACGGGUCCCUGCAGAGACAGGGCACUCCCGGUCUGUGCUGCCCCCAUGUGUUCAGCAGGCAGAGCCCCCUGCUCUGGCUCCGCCCGUGACCUUGAUUUUCUGCUCUAGAUACUCCCUGCGACCCCACCCCUUCGGGAGGGAGCCAGCGAGCGAGGCCCCCCCACAGGCUGUGGGCAGAGGCUGUGAGUCAGCACUGCCCUUCCGAUUGGCAGCAGCCCCCUCUCCUCUCCCGGGAGCCGCAGUCACUUAGAGCCAGCUCCGCGCAGGAAGCAGCAGCAAUUAGCCGCGGCUGCAGCAGCUCCCUCCCCGGCUCCCGGCAGCUGGGGAACCUCUGGCCGAGGCCGGCUGAACGCACCGGCUUCCUGCGCCCUGCCCGGCCGGAUCCGGAGCACCCAGCUCCCUGCUCCUCUCUGGGGCUCUGGGGCCCCAGGCCCUGGCUGGACACAUGCGCCAGCCGCAUCUCUCCUUGCCCACGGGACCCCCGCCAAUCCCACAGAGGGGGCCUCGUCGGCUCCAGGCUGGUGCCCGGAGUGCAGCCGGGCUGGGCUGGAACACACUCUGUGGCUGCCUUGUCUCCGGACUUUAAAUAUUCAUGCCUUUGAUUUCCUGCUAGCUGGUGACGGCGGGAGCUGGGCUGGGGGCAGGGGCUGGCGCAGCAGGCCGGGGAGUGCUGGCAGGCGGCGUGGCAGGGUGCGGGGCGCUGGACUGGACAAUGGUCUCUGGGCAGCACGGCGUGAGGAUCUCCUGACAGGUGGAGGAGCCGCUCAGCCUGUGGCGCCGGCUGCCUCGCCCACGGCCCCCUCGGGUGCAGCCAGCGGCCUCGCCUGCUUCCUCUCUGCAGCUGAGCUGGAAUCGGGCAGGGGCCAGGGGUUGCUCUCCAGCUGGCUGCCCCGGCGUGUCCCUCCCUGUCCUGUCCUCGCCACGCUGCUUGUUAUUGACUGGCUGUAACGAGUGGGAACCUGCUGGCUCCUCGGACCCGGGGAGCGCCGGUGCACACGGGGCUGCGUGUCGCGGGGAGAUGAGCUUUGACUGUGAACAGACGCUGCUGCUCCCUCCUGCCUGCUCCCGGUGACGCUCGCCCGGAGUCCCUUUGGCUGGGGGCUCGGUGCCGGGAUCGCUGGGGCCGGCUCUCCCAGCGGUCAUGCUGUGCUGGAGGGGGGCUGGCCUAGCCCCAUGUUUCUGCAGUUCCUGCUCUGCAGGGUGCUGGCUGCCCUAGGCUCCUCGCCUCUCCAGGGGGCUGCCACCUCGCUCCCUGCUCCGGAGCCGGAUUGGCCCGCCCGAGCCCCUCCAGCAUGGAUCUGCUGCAGAAGAGUAAAUACAGCCACCUCCGGAACGAGUCGGUCUCCUCCCUGGAGGAGGCAGUGGCCGGCGUGGGGUCCCCAGGGUCCCCAGUGGAGUCCCUCGUCGCCACGCAGUCCCUGCCCGGCUCCCUGUCGUCCUCCUCCCUCAGCCCCAUGCUGCCCAUCGGGGAGCUCUCGUCGGAGUCCGAGGACAGCCCCACCACCCUGUGCUCCUUCUUCCCCAAAAUGGCCAACCUGAAGCUCUCCUACCCCGCCAACCUGCUCAGCCUGCGGGGCUUCUCGGCCGUCGGCAUGAAGGAGGCGGGGAGCCUCGGGGAGCCGGGUGCCCCUGGCCCCGAUUCAGCGGGGCCUGUCGCUGUCUGUCCCCAGGAUAUGAACAAGCUGAGCUGCGGGAAGAAGACGCGGGUGGAAGGCGGCCAGCUGGGGGGCGACGAAUGGACCCGCCACGGCAGCUUCGUCAAUAAGCCCACCCGCGGCUGGCUGCACCCCGACGACAAGGUCAUGGGCCCCGGCGUCUCCUACCUCGUGAGGUACAUGGGCUGCGUGGAAGUUCUGCAGUCCAUGCGGGCGCUGGAUUUCAACACCAGGACUCAGGUCACCAGGGAGGCGAUCAGCCUGGUGUGCGAGGCAGUGCCCGGUGCCAAAGGAGCCGUCCGGAGGAGGAAGCCCUGCGGCCGCUCACUGAACUCCAUCCUGGGCAAGAGCAACCUCAAAUUUGCCGGCAUGCCCAUCACCCUCACCAUCUCCACCAGCAGCCUCAACCUCAUGGCGUCCGACUGCAAACAGAUCAUCGCCAACCAUCACAUGCAGUCCAUCUCCUUCGCCUCAGGGGGGGACCCGGACACUGCAGAGUACGUUGCCUACGUUGCCAAAGACCCCGUCAAUCAGAGAGCCUGCCAUAUCCUGGAGUGUCCCGAGGGCCUGGCGCAGGACGUGAUCAGCACCAUUGGGCAGGCCUUCGAGCUGCGCUUCAAGCAGUACUUGAAAAACCCCCCAAAGCUCGUAACUCCCCAUGACAGGAUGGCUGGGUUCGACGGCUCGGCCUGGGACGAGGAGGAGGAAGAGCCAUCGGACCACCAGUACUACAACGACUUCCCCGGCAAAGAGCCACCCCUCGGGGGCGUGGUGGACAUGCGGCUGCGUGAUGGCGCCAGCGUGGCACAGGCGCCCAAUCACCUGGGGGCAACGCUGCCUGUGGGCCAGAUGUCCAGCGCAGAACACGACCCCCGGAAGCAGCACCCUCCUGCCCAAGGAAGGGAUAAAUACGCCCCCGGCGCCGGCCCAGCCCUCCGCACCGAUCUGUUUGACGACCCGUCCUACGUCAACGUGCAGAACCUGGACAGGUCGCGCCAGGCCUCUGCCGCCAGCAUCCCAGGCACGGCCAACGGCAGUGCCCAGCGAGACCUCUUCGACAUGAAGCCCUUCGAGGACGCCCUGCGUGUCCCGCCCACGGUGCCAGUGGGGCUGCCGCCGGCCCAGCUCCUAGCCUCCAUGGAGGAGCAGCUGCGGCGGGAGCCCUGGUACCACGGGAAGAUGAGCCGCAAGGAGGCGGAGAAGCUGCUGAAGGUGAACGGGGACUUCCUGGUGCGGGAGAGCACCACCACACCGGGCCAGUACGUGCUGACCGGGCUGCAGGGCGGGCAGCCCAAGCACCUGCUGCUGGUCGACCCCGAGGGAGUGGUGCGGACGAAGGAUCAUCACUUUGAGAGCGUCAGUCACCUGAUCAGCUACCACAUGGACAAUCACCUGCCCAUCAUCUCGGCGGGCAGCGAGCUGUGCCUGCAGCAGCCCGUGGAGAGGAGACUGUGAGGCAUGGGUGGCCUCAGGGGAGCCCCCCAGGCCCUGCCCACCCUGGCCUGCUCAUCCCCUCUCUGCCAGCAGGGCUCUUGGACUGUUUCAGCUGCUGCUUCCCCAGGAGGCCCUGGGGCUUCCCGUCUCUCCGCCAUGAGCUCAGACUCUCUGGGCUCACACCAGCCCCUCCGGAGACAGAGCAGAGGUGGAGGAGGCCGGGGGAGCCGGGACUGGGCAGAGGGCGGGGGCCUGUUUCUGCAUCCAGGGAGCUGCACCAGCCACAGCUCCACCUCUGCUAGCACCAAGCUCCAGCCUGGGUGGCUGUGUGCACUGCUCCGAAGGCCAAUUGCAACCACACACACUCGCCCUUGCCCCGCGUUCAUCCACCCUCGGGCAGGGCAGGUGGGAGGGAGCCUGCCCUGACCGCCGAGCCUCUGUGAGGAAGGUGAGGGUCAAUCUUAUUGGCUCAGAGGCCUGCCUGUCUGGAGGUUGCGGAGCGCUCCUGGCCCUCGCCCUCCCCUAGAGGCAGCUCACCCCAGCAGGGAAGGGCUGGAUUCUCAUCUGCCAUUCCCCUGCAAUCCCUAGGGGUCAGCACCCAUGGGUGGCACCACCUGCGUGACCCCUUUGGGAGAGCCACCCGCACCACAGAGCAGCACCAUGGCUCCUGCUGCACAGAGCGAGAACAAGGGAGAUUUUCCCCAGAGGGCGGGAGUGGAAGGCCCCUGCCCUCCUCAGGUGAACCCGGCCCUCUGCUCUGCGAAGCACAAGGCUGGGCCGGCCACACACCGAAUGUACCCGAUCACUUUACGUAUUAACUCUGUGCCUUGACCCUCCACAGGUCCCAGAUACUUAUGCAAAGCAGUUGGCCCUGGGGCGGGCUGGGGAGAGCAGUCCGCCCACCCUGGGAGCACAGCCCCUGUCCUCACACAAGGCUCCUAGAGGCCACAGCCAGGCCUGGUCCCGCCCCAGCGUCCUGCUGGCUGGAAGCAGAGCUCAGGUGGCCCCUUCUGCAGCAGGCUGCUCACAGUCCCACUCCUCAUCCUGGAAGGCAAUGCCCAGCCUGUGUCCAGGGAGGGGCAUGGAUGGAAAUGAGAUGGGGUAAAUGGGGUUCUCCAUAGGAGGGCAAGAGCCCCUUGGCCCCCCUGCCCUUGGAGGGGAGCAGUGCUGUACACUACGCCCUUCUGCCCCUUGGGCAGGGUAUGUCACAGCCAGUUCCCUGUACUCCAGCUCGGUCUGGGCCAACCACGCAGCCAAAGGAAGCACGUAGCACCCAACAAGAUUGCAGCCGGAAGGGGGGAACCAGAACUCCCCACCUCAGGGGACAAGUGGGCUGCUGAAGUCCCAGGGGGACAGGACAGCUGGCCUGAGCUCUGCUCCUUCUCCCCAGCCCGCGCUAAGCAGUGUCUGCCGGGAGCAGCCUCCCGGGCUUCCCAGGCUCUGCUGCAGUGGCAGGUGAGCCCUCUCCCUGCAGGGCAUGAAGCCUGCCCGCCACUGGGUCUGCACGGACUGUGGGGAUCCCACUGUUGCAUGCACAUUGUUAUACUCUGAAGCCAAAGUGUAACCCUCCCCUCACGCCUCCUGCUCCCCCCAGAGGAGUCAGCCUGGGCUCAGAGGGGGGAGGGUUUUGCUUUCUCCCCUCCCCCUUCUCUCUUUCUCCUUUAUAUGGGUUUGAUUUGUUACCAGGUCUUGAUUAUACCAAAGGAAUCGGAUGGUUAUUAUUAAAGUUAGUAUUUCUUUAA